AUGGCGUUGGAACAGAGGAGCGCUGUCGUGUGCGGCUGGGGCUUACUGAAGGGUGGUGAAACGCGAUUUAAAAAGCUCUGCUGUUAUUAUUUAAAAAAUAUUUCGAUUCUAUUUUUAACUAUUGAAAUAAGAGCCCAAGAAAUAAUGACUGCAAAGGCUUCUGUGCUCCCUCGUUUGCAGGUGGAAGAGCUGGCGCUGCAGUCCAUGAUCAGCUCCAGGGAGGAGAACGUCACGGCCUCCUCGUCAGCCGCUGCGGAGGAGGCUCAGGAAAUUCUUGGGCAGAUGGACAACGAGGCUGCUAUCAAUCAAACCGAAUUACACCUAGGUCUUCAAGGUCAUGAAGAGGAGGAAGAAGAAGAGGACGAGGAAUCAGAUUCUUGAGAAAAGAAAUCAGAGAUGGUUUUUAAUACAGACUCAGGAAUUUCUUUUUCAUUCAUAUAAAAUUCACCAACUGAUUUUCAUUUUGUCCUGUAUGUGGGUAUGAACUAAUAGGACGUGCAAGACUCUCGGAGUCUAGGGAAGUUACACUUGAACACACCAGUGUCACAAGCUUGGCACGUCUUGACUUAGAUGUUAACAGAAUGAAAAUUUGCUGCACAAAUAUGUAGCAUAAUCUGUUCCACAUUUAAAACCUAAUGUAGCUUACUACAUCUUUACACGUGGGAGAAGUCAUUAAUCAAGUCAGACUAAUUUAAUGUGUACACUAAAAGCAAUAAUUCGUCUGUUCUUAUUUCCUGAUGCUGAAAAAUAAAACCAGGCCAUGGAGGCUGGUUGCCGCACCAAUGAUUAUAUUAUAACCUCAUUUGCUUAAACUGGGAAUUCUGAGAUACGCAGUGAGAAAAGGCGUGUCCAGGAUUGUCUCCAGGCUUUCAGCUGCGGUGUUGUUACAUGGAAAAUGGGAUUUACAGUCCCUGUAAAUGGAACAGAGAUGGAGAUGUUCUUGUGCUGGGAGAAGCAGGUACCGCACCGUCAGCCUCAUUCUGAACACGGUAACGGCACGGCCUGUCUGUACCUACUGGUGCUCUUCUUAAGUACUGUCAGUCUGCCUGUAACAGCAAAGUAUUUUCUACUUCUUGCUCUUUCAGAGCGGCAGCCAAUUAGCCUUUUAUUGGUCCACAAAUUGUACAGUAAGAAUUGGUGGGUGUUACUUGUAAUAAGGGACUAAAUUUUUUAAAUUAGCGUUCUUUUUCCCUGGAAGUAAAUUCGUAAGGCAAUGCAAGUCCACCUUCUGUUUUCAAGUGAGCUUCACGGAGGAGUAUGAGGAGUUUAAGAACUUAAGUUAUAAAAUGGAAAGUGAUGUGAAGUCCCCUCCACAAGUUCUUUAACGGUACGGUAACAAGCUAGCGCUGCUCUUCCCGAUAGACGAUAUGUUCUUCCUCCUCAUGUGGUGCAGCUGGUUAUUUUACUGAUUCUUCAAGACUUAUUUUAAAGCAACCCAAACUCUUGUUAAGCUGAUUAAAAACAGACCAUAAAAGUAAUAGUUAACUCAGCCACUGCAACAACUGUCUUACUAGGGUUGUUCAUUGCACAACUAGUAUCUAAAGGUGCUGUCUCUGGCAUCACUCAGAGAAAAUAAAAUAAAUAGUUCUGAAGUUUGCUUUUAAGAGCAGGAAAGGGACUUGGAAAAGUGUCCCAUGUCCUGGGUGUGGUCCAUGAUUCAACCACCAGUGAGUUCCUGUCACUGAUUGAGGUGACUGCUUAUUUGGCUCCGACUUGGUUUGGAGCAAUAGAAACUGAAUGCUGGAAUGCAAAUGUAGCUUCAUCCUGUACUAAAGAUUAACUUUUUUUGAGAAGCCUGGGUGUCUUAAUGAAGGAGCGUAGAACAUGCAUGCAGAAGAUUUGGCAAAGCUUUCCCAAGACUCACAGGUAAAAAAAAAAAAACCAAAAAGCAUGAGCUGAAAAUGUUACUGCUUGGAGUGUU